GUUGGUUAAAUAGCAGAUUUUCUUUUUGAAAAACGCGCCAUAGUUUGUUAUUUCUGCCUGGCUACUAAAGGCUGAGCUCAGGUUUACGAAUAUCAUUAAGUUUUCCUGAGAUAUAGAACGUUUUUUGACAUUCUAAUCUUUGUCGAAAUUGUCAUUUUAUGUGGUUGUGCUUAAUUGUUUGUUAAGAGGCUUUGAGUUAUUACAAAGAAAUACAACUUCACGUGGAAUGCCUGAUUUUUGUGCUGCCCACGCCUGCUCCAAUGAACGCAACCUCCAAACGAGAUCCCGUGGGAUCACCUUUCACAAGUUUCCAAAAAGCAAAGAGCGCAGGAGGCAGUGGGAACUCGCCGUCAGAAGGAACGGCUUCAUCGCAAACGAUCGCUCGCUGCUCUGCAGCGAACACUUUCGAGAUGAAGACUUUGAUCGGUCGGGACAGACGGUCAGGCUCAGAGAUGGUGUCUUGCCACAAAUCUUCAAUUUCCCCGCUCAUCUUCAAAAGCCGCCGGUAGCAAGAAGAAGCACAGCUACUUCCAGAAGGGCAGCAGAACCCUUGCCCGAGGCCCCUUCCCCUGCUUGCCGAACGGCGACCGGAGAAGGGCGAAAGAGCCAGAAGAGGACGUCCAGCGACCACUUGUACGCGUUGCCUUCCUGCCCCGUGGCUCUGAAGGCCAAAUUCGACGCGGCCAUGAAAGCGUUGUGGAAGCUGCAGUGCGAGAAGCGCAAUGCCCUUGCCAGGCAGAGGAGGGCCCGAAAAAAGACGGACAAUCGUGAAGAGCCACCCUCUCUCUGCGUUUAACCAUGUGACAGGGGCUUUCAUACAAUCACGUUUGCAUUUUAGCUCUGUACUUUAUUUAUUUAAAAGUGGACAAUUUAUCAUUUCACAUUUUGCUUGGAUGACAUUUUUUCCUUCAU